AUGUCCACCCCCAAGAAGGUCUUCAUUACAGGCGCCACAGGUUAUAUCGGCCGCGUCGUAACCGAACAGGCCGUCCAAGCCGGCCACACCGUCCGCGCCCUCUCGCGCCGUGAAACAGGCGACGAGCUCCUGAAAGGCUUAGGCGCUACACCUGUGAGAGGCACUCUCACCGACUUCCCUGUGCUCGUCCGCGAAUCCCAAGCGGCCGAUAUAAUCCUGCACCUGGCCUUCGACCACGACUGGAGCAAGCCCUAUGAGCAGCAUCUCAAGCUUGAAAAAGAUGCAAUUGACGCGCUCGCCGGUGCGCUGAUCGGAACGGACAAGCCCCUCGUCACCACUAGUGGCACGGCCAUCGUCGCCCCUGACCCCGCUGGCGGGGAAACUGAUGAAACAUCGCCUCUACCGGAGAAGCCUAUUAUCCCGCGACAUCUAGCCGAAGAGCAUACUUUGGCCUAUGCCAAACAGGGGGUGCGGGUUACUGUUAUCCGGCUUCCCCAGUAUGUCUAUGGACGGCAGACGACGCAUGGCUUUGCAGCGGAGUUAAUUAAGCUUGCUGCUAAGUCUGAGGAGAGCCUGUAUGUCGGCGAUGGGGAGUACUGUGCCUCGAAUAUUUACGUGGAUGAUGCUGCGAGCUUGUACCUGCUGGUUGCGGAGCACGGGAAAGCCGGUGAAGUUUUCAAUGGGACCGGAAAUACGGAUACCACUUAUAAGGCUCUGGCGGGGGCAAUUGGGAAGGUGUUGGCCGUCCCUGUCAAGUCUAUCUCGGAGGAGGUGGCGCAAGCCAAAUGGGGUUCAUUUUUGUCGGCUUUCGUGACAGUGAGGAAUCGGGCUUCGAAUCGGAAGGCUAUUGAGAGACUGGGAUGGAAGCCUGUUGGGCCGAGUCUUUUGGAGGAGUUGGAGUCCGGAAGCUAUGUACCGGUUGCGGAGAAGUUUAAGAAGGAGGCUGCGAUUGGGAAUCUGUAG